UGUAAUGGCGGCCUCGGUGUUAUUGGGGUCUGCGGAAAACACCGGACUCCACUUCACGGUCGGAGCUGGCGGCAGCAGCGGGACUACCCACAUAGGGAACGCCAACGGACUGGGGCAGGCAUGUCCGGCAUCGUGGAACCGUUCUCUGGAGCGGGCGCUGGACGAAGCUUCGGUAACCGGGUGUGUGAACCUGAGCGGCAGGAAGCUGAAGGAGUUUCCCCGGAGUGCUGCCAACCACGACCUGACGGACACAGUCAGGGCCGAUCUGUCUCGGAACCGCCUGUCGGAGCUGCCUCUGGAGGUGUGCGUCUUCGUGUCUCUGGAGUAUCUGAACCUGUACCAGAACUGUCUGAGGUCCCUGCCCGACAGCCUCCUGAACCUGCAGGCGCUCACCUACCUGAACCUCAGUCGGAACCAGCUGUCGGUUCUCCCGCCCGUCCUCUGCAGCCUCCCUCUGAAGGUUCUGGUUGCCUCCAACAACAAACUGGUUUCUCUGCCAGAAGAACUGGGUCAACUGAGACUGCUCACUGAGCUGGAUGUGAGCUGUAAUGAGAUCCAGACGUUACCGUCCCAUGUGGGUCAGCUGGAGGCUCUGAGAGACCUGAACAUCAGGAGGAACCACCUGAUCCAGUUGCCUCCAGAGCUGGCCGAGCUUCCUCUGGUGCGUCUGGACUUCUCCUGCAACAAAGUGACCUCCAUCCCCGUCUGUUACCGACGCCUCACACAGCUGCAGGCCAUCGUCCUCGACAACAACCCGCUGCAGAGCCCACCUGCACAGAUCUGCAUCAAAGGGAAGGUCCACAUCUUCAAAUACCUGAACCUGGAGGCCAGCAAGAUGACACCGGAGCUGCCCGAAUAUGACAGGCGGCCUCUGACCUCCUGUGCUGACGAUGUGUUCGCCGGCCGGCUGUACGGCGCGCUCGACUCCGGCUUCAACAGCGUUGACAGCGGAGACAAGAGAUGGCUGGGCAACGAGCCUUCAGAGGAGCUGUCAGAGCUGCCGAGCAGAGUGGCCGAGAUCAGCAAAGACCAAAGACGAAGUGGAGGACCCUCGCUGCCUAACGGGACCUAUGUGGAGCUGGAGCAGAUAGACUUCAUUGACAGCUGCGUGGAGGAGGAGGAGGAGGGGAAGAGUCGAGGAGGAAGAGACAGCAGCAGCCUCAGCUCUCAGUUCAUGGCCUACAUCGAGAGACGCAUCACUAGAGAGGGUUCUCCUGUAAAGCACAACCUGUCCCGGACAGAAGACGCAAAGAGACACAGCAGGAGUGUGGUUGAUGGUGUAACAGCCCCUUCUAGUUCCCACAGUCAGAGAGGAGGUUCUGGAGGUGUGGAGAGGAUGAGGAGGGAAGCUCAGCUCGCCGCUCUGAGGUACGACGAAGAGAGGCAAAAAAAACGUUCUUUGCAGAGAGACAAUGCCUCCAGCUACACGAAGAAUGUCUACCCCUCCAGACGCUGCACCCACACUGAUGACUCUGCCCUUAUUGUGCAGGGGGAGGACAGAGCUGCUCUCUCCCCUACAGCCAAUCAGUCGCCUUCUUACCCCAGCCCUGGGGGCGGGGCCUCCUGUCGGCCAACCAGUGGGCGUCCUGAGAGCUUCCUGUACCGCCUCGGCCAGAGAGAAGACAAGAGGAAAGGUGUGUAUGCCACUGCUGCUGUGCCUCCUCAGAGCCAGGAGGAGGCUCCUGCAGCUCCUCCUCUGCUUGGAGAAGAUGCUGAAGUGGUGGAGCAGCUCAGAAAGAACAUCGAGGCCCGCCUUAAGGUGUCGCUGCCUAGUGACCUGGGAGCAGCUCUGACGGAUGGGGUAGUGCUGUGUCACCUGGCCAAUCACGUAAAGCCACGGUCCGUCCCCAGCAUCCACGUCCCCUCCCCCGCUGUGCCUAAACUCACCAUGGCCAAGUGUCGCCGCAACGUAGAGAACUUCCUGGAGGCGUGUCGCAGGAUCGGAGUCCCACAGGACCGUCUCUGUUCAGUGGGGGACAUACUGGACAGAAAAGGGGGUGUGGUCUAUGAGACACUGGAUGCAUUGCUCACCAUGGCCCCUCUUGCUGUUAGACCUUCUCUUCAGGUCCAGUUGGCUGGCUUCGCCCUCUUUUACCUGUCCAUCAUGUCGGCGCUGUGCGCCAUCUACGUUCACCUGACACCGCAGGUCUGA